AUGGCAUUCGAAGCCCAGGAGGUCGGCAUGGACGAGGCAAUGGCAUUGGCUGCUUCAUCGUUUCGGGACGAGGCAGAAUGGGUCUUAGAAGAGACGGCCUAUCACCCUGGCUGUAAUCGGAUCACCGGGUGGAUCAUGGACAACGACAGUGGCGCUCCUAUGGCAGACGCUCUUCACAUCGUCAAACACUGCGCCCUGUAA